GUCGUCUCGUGCUCGCGCGAGACGCGCGCCCCGGCGCCAUUUUAUCCACGACGAGCAAAGAUGUAGUCGAAGGACCACGUACGCAGGGGUCCUCUCUCGGCUGGGACCUCCUGGCAACUACCACGCAGCCAACGAUACCUUGUGCCCGGUUUGUUUCACCGUGUCACCGUAUCUUUUCUCGCCCCGUAUCUCGUAUCGAAGGUGUUUGCCAAUUAUCGUCGUCCACCGGACCACCGAACGGACUAACGUCGACGGAACGUAUUCUUCUUCUUAUUAUUAUUGUCGUCGUUCUAUUAUAUUUAUCGUCGUUGUGCGUACCGCGUGUCGCGACGGGGCUCGCGAGAUCUCAGCAUUUGUUUACGAUCGAGGACGCAACGGAUUGUUCGUGGAAAAGAAAAUGGUUGCGGAAAAGUACGACAAGCUCGAGCCUGAGCUGAAAGAAGAAUUGAGAACGAUCGCCCAGCAGAUCGUCGCGCCUGGAAAGGGUAUUCUUGCUGCUGACGAAUCCACGACAACGAUCGGCAAGCGUUUGAAGGACAUCAACGUUGAGAACACCGAGGACAACCGUAAGGCGUACAGACAGCUUCUUUUCACCACCGCCAAGGAUGUCAUCAGCCAGCACAUCUCCGGCGUCAUCCUCUUCCACGAGACCUUGUACCAGAAGGCCGAGGAUGGAACACCGUUCGUCGAGCUGUUGAAGCAACGCGGAAUUCUCCCGGGCAUCAAGGUCGACAAGGGUGUCGUCCCGCUUUUCGGCACCGACGACGAAUGCACGACCCAAGGUCUCGACGACCUUCAGGCUCGUUGCAUCCAGUACAAGAAGGACGGAUGCCACUUCGCCAAGUGGAGGUGCGUGUUGAAGAUCAAGAAGGACACGCCGAGCAAACUGGCCAUCUUGGAGAACGCCAAUGUCCUGGCUCGUUACGCUUCCAUCUGUCAGAGCGCCAGGAUCGUGCCAAUCGUCGAGCCUGAAAUCCUACCCGACGGUGACCACGAUCUUGCUCGUUGCCAGCAGGUCACGGAGGAGGUUCUCUCCGCUGUCUACAAGGCGCUCGCUGACCAUCACGUGUAUCUCGAGGGAACCCUCCUGAAACCGAACAUGGUGACACCGGGUCAGAGCUGCCCGAAGAAGGCAACUCCCCAGGAGAUCGCUGGCGCCACUGUGACAGCUCUGUUGCGCACCGUGCCACCUGCAGUGCCUGGAAUCACCUUCCUCAGCGGUGGACAGUCCGAGGAGGAGGCAUCCGUGAACUUGGACGCUAUCAACAAGUACCCGCUGAAGAAACCCUGGGCACUCACCUUCAGCUACGGUCGCGCUCUUCAGGCAUCUGUCCUCCGUGCAUGGGCAGGAAAGAAGGACCAGAUCGGAGCUGGCCAAGAUGAACUCAUCAAGAGGGCUAAGGCAAACAGUGCAGCUAGUCAGGGCAAGUACGUUCCUGGCAGUAUCGUUAGCAAAGCUGCUAAUGUUUCACAGUACGUGAAAUCUCAUGCCUACUAAACUCUUACUUUUCUUUCCAUGAGAUGUGUUUUCAUAGCCAACAGCGAAUCUGCGCUCGGCAAAUACGCUGGUGGCGUGACAGGAGCAGCUGGCGACGCAGCACUUUUCGUCGCGAAUCACGCGUACUAAGCAUAGUCCCUAGAACACUGAUAAGGAUUUUUGUUAGAAAUUAGAUCGUUCGCCGAACAUCAUCAACGUCGAUCAUCGUUGCCGGCAUGAAAACAUAACCACUAACAGGAAAGAUAGAGAACGAGCGGAGGACUCUUGAAACGCCUCGAAACGCGAGCGUGCGUUCAGCUUUUGCAUAUAAUUUUUACGUUCGAAAUUUCAAACGAGAAUCAAACGGAAUUUUAACCCUGUCGCGAUAAUUGGAAGUUUCUAAGUGAUUUUAAACACGAAUUUUAACGGUUUUAACGGUUUACGCGGGAAGCUGAGGGAUCACGCUGCGUAUCGACGCGAGAUAUAGUCGCUUUUUACUCAGGCUCGCGCAACAUCAGGGAAAUUACGCUUGUUGAUCACGAUCGAUCAUCACCGCUGUACCGUUUCCGAACGAGCAAGCUGCGAACGAUUAUCCCCUUUCCUACUUUUACACUUUCUAAUUGUAUCCACUCGCUUCCCACGAUUUUAUCCCCCGUUCCUGUAUUCGGUUUCUCUAGAAUUGCGAGGUGCGACGGAGAGUGUUUAACGUACGUUUCAUCGCGGUGUCGUUCGUUGCAAGCUCGUUUCGCAACGAGGGGGGGGAGACUUCUCGCGAAGGAUCUCUGAAAAAUUUUUAACAACAACGGGAGAACGUGGUCAACACGCGUGCAAGAGCCUGCUGGGCGAAGUUGAUCGAUACGAAAAAAAAUGCUUUACUCUGAUCGUGAACAGAUUUCGCGACAUUCGAAUUACACAGGCGUUAUUAUAUUCUGUAACACUACGAUAAAAAGCAGAUAUAUAUUAUAUAUUGUCAAUGUCGUUAUAAUAUUCUACGUGUAAAAAAAAAGCAAAAAAAAAAAAAAUAAUAAUGAAAAUACUAAAUAAAACCAUAUUAAAUGUUGUUUGUUAGCGAAUGAGUCGAAUACUAUGAAAUCGUAAUAUUAUGUCAUCUACUUAUACAAUAUGUGUAUCUUAUAUAGAUAUUUAAGUAACGUAUUGAAAAGUAUCUCGUACAUCGAUGUUAUAUCUAAUAUUUUCAUUGCAAUCUAGGUCACCAAAUACACUGUGGAGGGUA